GCUCCCCCGUGCGGAGUGCUCAGCAGACACAGUCGCCCGCUGGAGGCUGGUAGCCGGGAACUGAGUCGCGAGUGCAGGCUGGACCGGGCCGGCUGUGCGCACCGGCUCCGCCACCGCCCCUGCGGGUCUUGGACACCUCGAGAGGGCAUCCGCUGGAGAGAAGAUUGGGUAACUCCAGAGAGGGACGAAUGGGGACGCAACGCUCAGAGACCUCCGGGAGUAUUGGGAACCUACUGUGGGCGCCCUGAUGUAGGGACUUGGAGGCGGCCAGAGCAUCGCAGCUUCCUGUGCAGCUGUGGGUGCCCCAGGGCAUGUGAACAUCCUAUCACCAUAAGGGGAUUCAAGGAGGUCUCUCCAGAGGCAGAGGAGACAUCUACUUGGAACUCAUGACAAAUUGCAGAAAAGAAGUUAAAGACACAUCAAAUUUCAGCAAAGAAGGAAGAGCCUUGUCAAAAGUAAAAGGUGAAGAUACACAUCCUCAGAGCCACAUGUGUGCUCUCUUGAGAGUGAGAAGCACUUUUGGGGUCUCAGGCUCUUCUUUUAAAGGACACUUUAUGAAGGGUGGCAUGGGAAGGUAUGUGGGAACCAUGCCAGCUUGGUGAACUCAACUCUUUCAUCAUGUACCACAAGAUAUCUUUGGUGGUUGGUCUUCCAAGAUCUUCGGGUUCACAUUGUCUUUUCUAUCUAGGGUCUCGCUAAGUUACCAAGGCUGGCCUCGAACCUCUUGCCUCAGCGUCUCAAGUCCCUGGGAUUACAUAUGUGUGCCACCACAGCCGGCCUGAAUUAAGGCUGCCCUGGCCCUCUGCGCUGCCGCCAUGACCACCGCCAUCCUGGAGCGCCUGAGCACCCUGUCGGUCAGCGGCCAGCACCUGCGCCGCCUGCCCAAGAUCCUGGAGGACGGGCUUCCCAAGAUGCCCUGCACCGUCCCGGAAACGGAUGUGCCCCAGCUCUUCCGGGAGCCGUACAUCCGCGCGGGCUACCGCCCCACGGGGCACGAGUGGCGCUACUACUUCUUCAGCCUCUUUCAGAAGCACAACGAGGUAGUCAACGUCUGGACCCACCUGCUGGCAGCCCUAGCUGUACUUUUGCGAUUCUGGGCCUUUGUCGAGGCCGAGGCCUUGCCAUGGGCCUCCCCCCACUCCCUGCCCCUGCUGCUCUUUAUCCUGUCCUCGAUCACUUACCUCACAUGCAGCCUUCUGGCCCAUCUGCUGCAGUCCAAGUCGGAGCUCUCCCACUACACCUUCUACUUCGUGGACUACGUUGGUGUCAGUGUGUACCAAUAUGGCAGUGCCUUGGCCCACUUCUUCUACAGCUCCGAUCAGGCCUGGUACGAGCGGUUCUGGCUUUUCUUCUUGCCAGCAGCUGCCUUCUGUGGCUGGUUAUCUUGUACUGGCUGCUGCUACGCAAAGUAUCGUUACCGAAGGCCUUACCCAGUUAUGAGGAAGAUCUGUCAAGUGGUACCGGCGGGGCUGGCCUUCAUCCUAGACAUAAGUCCUGUGGCACACCGGGUAGCGCUCUGCCACCUGGCUGGCUGCCAGGAGCAGGCAGCCUGGUACCAUACCCUCCAGAUCUUCUUCUUCUUGGUCAGCGCCUACUUCUUCUCCUGCCCGGUGCCUGAGAAGUACUUCCCGGGUUCCUGUGACAUCGUGGGCCAUGGACAUCAAAUCUUCCAUGCUUUUCUGUCUGUCUGCACGCUCUCGCAGCUGGAAGCCAUCCUUUUGGACUACCAGGGGCGGCGUGAGAUCUUCCUGCAGCGACAUGGUCCCUUAUCUGUCUACAUGGCCUGUCUCUCCUUCUUUUUCUUGGCCGCCUGUAGCGCUGCCACCGCAGCCCUUCUGAGACAUAAAGUCAAAGCCAGACUAACCAAGAAAGAUUCAUGAGGCUUGCAGGUGGAAUAAGAUGUGAAGAUAGCCCUUGUGAUUUGGGGGAAACGAUACAACAGUAGAAGUUGACUUAUUUUUAAGGGUUAAUUUUUAAAGUAAUAUGAAUUUCCAAGGAUGUGCUAUGGCUACAGCAUUUCAAAGCCAAAGGAUUCAAGAGUUUUAUUGUUAAUUAAAGGAGUAUUCCUCUUCCUUCUGGGUCAUAGCCUUACAAGGGAAGGGAUCUUGGUAAGACUGAUGAAACACUGAACUGAGAACUAUCUAACGGCCUAAAAUUUUAGCAAAUUCUGACUAUAGUUUUCAGAGACAAGUCGUAGAACCGAAAGGAUAAUAAAAAUUGUACUGAGAAGUAAGUAGGUGGUUUAUUCUCACCCUAUUGGAAUAACCAUCCUACUAUGCUGAUCUUUGGUAAUUGCAUAAAUUGACCUAAAGACCCAUCUUAUUUGGAUUUCAAAUUGUCUAGAGGAAAAGUCAGAAUCUUCAAGAUAAUUCAGUGAAACUGUUAGAAAUAACGAAUUACUCAGUUCAUCUGAUUUCUGAUCCCUCCUCUCUCAUCCACUGUACCACUGACCCUUUCUCAGGACAAAUGUCUGCCUGGCUGUUUUGUCUGAAGUGCUGUUCACUCCUGUCCCUUUUUGCAUGGUAACUUAAAGGAUUUUGAAGCAGUCAUAUUUCCAGGAAAUGCUUGAAGCCAUGUGAACAUUCAGGAAGUUCAUUUUCCUAUAAUAAUGUAAAUGGUACUAGAAAGUUCAGUGCCAAGAGCCUCCAGGAGGUCCAGCCAACAAGCAUGAGUAGCCUUGCUUGUUUGGUGUUUUGGGACCGUUAUUUUAUACCUGUGGACUGUAGGAUUACCAGAGCUAUUAGGGCUGCCUUACAGAUCAGGAGAUCUGGGGGUUGCUCUAGGAAUCUGGUAGACUUGACAAACAUGUUUGAAAAAAAACCUUGGUAGUGUGAAUCGGUCCUUACGUUUCCUCUAAGGAUCUGAUUAUUUCAAGAGGAAUUCGAAGUCCAGACAUCUACAUAGAUGCUGCCUCAUGAAGGACCAACCCCAAUUCAGAGUCCUCAAGCAGGCAGUUCUGCCUCAGCAUAAAGCAGAACCUUAAAAUAAUCAAGUCCCAGUACAGACAAAUGUGGGCUCACUGUGGUUGGUCCCUGAAGGCUCCUUUGGGUCAAGAGCAAGUGAAUCAGGCACCCUGUAACCAAAAUGCUCUCCUUGGAACUUUGCUGCCCAGCAGCUUCUGUGAGAUAGGUGGUGCUUGCAGUUGAUGUUCUGGCCACGCAGCCCUCUCUGAGGAUUGGCUUCUGUACUAAUCCAGUGAAGGAUGCUGCAUCAAAGGAAGGGCUGAGAAUCCGCCUCUUCACAGGCUACGUUUCCUAUCAGUAUAAGGUCCCUUGUUUACUAAAAAGGGACGUGGUUUGUUUUAAUUUUGGUUUGAUGAACCUCCUCUAAGAUUAUUGUCUUCACAAAGAUUACUUUUAUUCCUUUUUCUGAAAGAUUUGUGAGUUUUGUGCCUUAUAAAUGAAAAUGUAUAAACACUUUAUUUAAUAUAUGCACGUGUGGGA